CUGAGGUACAAAAGUAAUCUGAGUACAGAGUAAGAGGGCAGCAGAGACCCCUUAAGAACAGAUGUUGACGGAGCUGCCGCUGCAACCGCUGCUGCCGCUGCAACAAGAGACGAGACGCGUCUUGGAUCACAAAUAGGAAUGCAGGGCGCAUGCGCACUGUGCUCCGUUUACUGUAGGAUAUUCACCGUGGAGGAAAAAAGAGGGCAGGCGACAAACCAGGCUUUUAAUAAGAGCAAAAAGCCGACCAGGGCAAUGUGAAUAACUCCGAGCAGGAACAGAUAAGGAUUUUUACCAACAGGUGUCUUUUUUCUAGGUGUGAUGAGACAAAGGAACAAAAGGAUGCCUUAGCAGAGAGGGUGCCUAUAUGCCUGGAAACCUCUUCAAAGCACACCGCCAAAUGGAUACAACGCCUCCCCCUGCUGCCGCUAGAUCAUGAUACUUGGCUGAAGCUGUUCCGCUAUCUUUAUGAUCCCUCCUCCAUCUAUGGCGAACUAUAGCCAUGCAUUGGACCACACCAUCUUGCAGAAUGUCUCUCCUCUCGCCACGUUCCUCAAAUUGACCUCUCUCGGUUUCAUCAUCGGAGUCGGUGUGGUUGGAAAUCUGCUGAUCUCCAUCCUGCUGGUCAAAGACAAGAGCCUGCACCGAGCACCCUACUAUUUCCUGCUGGACCUGUGCGCCUCUGACAUCCUGCGCUCGGCUAUCUGCUUCCCCUUCGUCUUCACUUCGGUCAAGAAUGGCUCUGCCUGGACCUACGGCACGUUGACCUGCAAAGUGAUCGCCUUCCUGGGUGUGCUCUCCUGUUUCCACACGGCGUUCAUGCUCUUCUGUGUCAGCGUCACCCGCUACCUGGCUAUCGCUCAUCACCGCUUCUACACCAAGAGACUGACCUUCUGGACCUGCCUGGCGGUCAUCUGCAUGGUGUGGACGUUGUCGGUGGCCAUGGCGUUCCCACCGGUGCUAGACGUAGGGACGUAUUCCUUCAUACGGGAGGAGGACCAGUGCACCUUCCAGCACCGCUCCUUCAGGGCGAAUGAUUCGCUGGGCUUCAUGCUGCUGCUGGCGCUCAUCCUCCUGGCCACACAGCUGGUUUACCUCAAGCUCAUCUUUUUCGUCCACGACCGUCGGAAGAUGAAGCCCGUCCAGUUCGUCCCUGCCGUCAGCCAGAACUGGACCUUCCACGGGCCGGGCGCCAGCGGCGGGCAAGCCGCGGCCAACUGGCUGGCCGGAUUUGGCCGCGGCCCCACCCCGCCGACUCUGCUGGGCAUCCGGCAGAACAGCAACGCGGCCGGCCGCAGGCGUCUGCUGGUGCUGGAUGAGUUCAAAACAGAGAAGAGGAUUAGUAGGAUGUUCUACAUCAUGACGUUUUUCUUCCUGGCGCUCUGGGGCCCCUAUCUGGUCGCCUGCUACUGGCGGGUGUUUGCAAGGGGCCCCGUUGUCCCGGGAGGCUACCUGACGGCGGCGGUUUGGAUGAGCUUUGCCCAGGCUGGGGUCAACCCGUUCAUCUGCAUCUUCUCCAACAGGGAGCUUCGGCGCUGCUUCAGCACCACGCUCCUCUACUGCAGAAAGUCCAGGUUACCAAGGGAACCCUACUGCGUUAUAUGAAGGUUUUUCUUUCUGUUUUUUGGUGGCUUUUUCCUCAUCUAUAUCUCUAUGUCCCUGAUUGAUCUUGAUCUGGGUUCGUUUCCCACUGUACAGCGCCCCCUAACCUCUGUCUGUUUUCCCCCGUCUUUAUUCCUCAUCCUCCAGUUUUCCUCCUGCUCCUCCGUCACCUGAGCCUCUUCUCAGAGGUGAGAGGUGGGCUGCCGAUCUCAAGGCUCUUUCGAGGAUGCUUGAAUAUGACGUGUGUUCAACAUGGAGGCUGAAGGGAAUGGGGAUGUGCAGAGGGCCUGGCCCCCCCUCCUGUGUUUAUGUUGUAGUAAACAGACAACUGUGGAAGGCCAUGCCAAUGCAGAGAAGCAAAAAGUUGUUAAAAAAAAAAGGAAGAAGAAGACGAAGAUGAUAAAGUAAAAAAAAAUAAGAUUUCAACAGAAAAGUGACAACUUUUUUCCUGUGGAUACGUGGGAGACGCGUCGUUCUGUGAGGGUGUGAAAUACAUUUAACAUGAAUAGUUACGGAGAAAAGAACAAAAACAAAGAAACAAUACCUCUCAAGGAAUCACUGAAAAUGUUUUACAUUUUAAGAGUUGCACUAAAAAGAAGAUGUAAAGAUGCUUUUUUUUGUUGUUGUUGUUUUUUGGGGGGAUCAACCGUUGCCACUUGGACGAUUCUUGUCUUUUUUUGUUUUUUCUUCUUCUUUUUUUUUCCUCCCCAGAAUAACAAUGAAUGCUUUAAUUUGCAACAGACUUCACAAUCGCUGUAAGUAGAGCAAAACUCGGUGACUGUUGGAAUACAACCAUCCCGAUGAGGAUAAAUGGUUUUAAUGUAAGUGAUGAUCUUUUUCAU